AACAAUGACUUUGGGUUGGCCAGAUAUUCGUCAUUUUUUCUUUAUCCGGUGAAAAGGAAUGGCCGUUGCCGCUGCCUCUCCCUCCGGCGAAAAUGGAGAAAUCCAUGUAUGCCAACUCGCAGAGACAUCGGAGCCACCAUCUCCCUGUUCUUCGAGUAAGUCUUUUGCCUAUGUUCUGGCAGAACCAUCAAUUCCUUCCAUUCCUCACAAGGAACUUACGGUGUACAGAGAAGAGCCAUGUAUAGCGUUGUCAGAUAAUGAAAUUCAGAAGCUUUCAGGCUCUUCUAAAUAUACUUUGAUCGGUAAAUUUUCUAAUGGAAAGCCUCAAUUAGCACAGCUGAGAACCACUUUCGAUUUUUUAGGGUUUAAAGGGGCUUUUACAGUAGGUCUUAUUGAUUCCAAACACGUUUUGAUAAUUUUUACCCUAGAAGAGGAUUAUAUAAGACUCUUCCUUAAUCCUAUCUCGUGUGUUUGUGGUUAUCCUAUGAAAGUUUUUAAAUGGACGAUCAAUUUCAAUCCUAGGGUUGAAUGUGCUAUAGUUCCAGUAUGGAUUUCAUUGCCCAAUUUUCCGAUUAAUUCUUUCGAAAAAUCUGUACUCUUUUCCAUCGUGAGUGACAUUGGAACACCUUUGAUGAUGGAUGAAGCCACUGCAAAUCAAUCCAUGGUAAGCAAUGCCAGGGUCUGUGUUGAGUUGGAUCUGAUUCUACCAAGAAUACACCGAAUCCAUAUAAAUACUGCAGAAUAUUCAUUCUGGCAAGAAGUUGUAUAUGAAAAUAUCCCGACCUAUUGCAUUCUCUGUUUGCACCAGGGGCAUACUGUACACGAAUGUUACCUGUUUGAUAAAAUGUUUAAAAGAAUAAUAUCUGCCGCUGCCAUUAGUGAUAAGAAGUGCAAUAAAAAUGAAAAUGCCAGCAGAGAAAACGAGAAAGAGGAAUCCUCUUCUAGCUUUGUGAAGGAGAGAGAUGACAUCUCACAAGCUGAUUCAUUCAGUAAUGUUGAUCAGUCAAGGGAUGUGGAAAUGGACAGUCGUUGUAGCUUCUCUUCGGCCAGUGCACGAACCAAUAAAACAAAGAGAAGGCGAGAGAGAAAGCGAAUGAGAGAGGGAAAGAGAAAGGGAAAGAGCGAGACUACCUUUGUUCUAUGGGAAAAACCACGUGUUGGGUUUGUCAAAUUGAAUACCGAUGGCUGUUUAAAGCGGUUGGAGAUACCUAGCGGUGAUUCUUCGGGUGGGGGAAUCCUGAGGGAUCAUGAAGGGGAUGUGCUAUUCACAUUUCACGAAUACUAUGGGACUUCUUGUUGUUCUGCAUUAGCUGCUGAAUUGAAGGCAUUAUUGACAGGAUUAAAAAUCUGUCAUGAACGUGGUUAUAAGAAUAUUUGGGUAGAAUUAGAUACGCAACUUGCUGUUAAACGCAUCUCUGAUCCAGCUACGGAUUCACGCCCUGGCCGUAACAGGAAGGUGCAAUACCUGGUGGAUGAAGUUCGGAGCAUAAGUUCCUAUCUAAAUGUUCAUUACACAAACAUCUACAGGCAAGCUAAUAGUGCAGCAGAUUUCUUGGCUAAUGAGGGUUUUCGUACUAAAGAAAGGAGAAUCAUGGAGGAAAAAGAACUUCCAGAAGGCCUCAAAGAGAUUUUAAGAUAAUUAUUUGUCUGCACACUAGAGCAAGCGGUAGACUGCUCGGCCAGUGAAAGAGGACUAUGCAACGGUCCAAAGCCCUCAGUCAGACUAGGUUGGAGUGUGUGAAAUGAAAUGAAUACGGUUGUGGUUAAGCAUACUUCCCUCCGCCGAUGUUUUUCUUAGGGUCAAAAUGAUUGGUAUUAACUCAAAUCGUCACCGAUGUAUGAUGAAAAAGAGAGAGAAAAUCAGCCCAACUACAACUAAGCAUAUCAAGUGAAAAAACGUGCAGCCAUAUUGUGGGAUGCCUACGAGGAAUAAAGCACAAAAUACACCAAUAAUAAUUUGACUAAGGCUCUGAAUUGGUCGAAGGGAGUCACACUUUGCCAUAGCAAUCAUGUACGCCUCUUGAGACCAAGGCUUGAGUAGGAUGGUGAGGAUUUGGAGAGACCUUUGUUUGUUUGAAACUAAACAUAGAAUUGUCGUUUAUUUCAAAUUCAAAGCAUUGAAUUGCAUGGCUAUUGUGAAAAUACCAUCUUAAA